AUGGAUCCCAUUCACACAGCAGCUCCGCACAGUCCCGUGCCGUGGCCUGAGCAGUGAACAAAUACACUUUUGGCUUUUAGAGUACUUUGGGUGCCACAACAUGUGUCUAGUUGUGCAUCGCUAAUCAAGUGUCCGCCGUGCGCGCGCCAUACCUUUCCAGCGGGAGAUGGACGAGGAGGUCAUCCGGCGGAUGGUGGCCAGCUUCUCCCGGCAGGAUCUGGCCCGGCAACGGCCGGGAUCGGCGAUGCUGGCGGAGGCCAAGGAGCCGGUGAAUUACAAUGUGGUGGAUCUGGUUUGUGAAGUGAUUACCGAUCUGGAGAUUCGCGGAGAGGAUGGGGAUAGUGUGGAGCGGCAGGAGAGGAAGCAGGAUGUGGAUAUACAGGAGCUGACGGAGAUUCUCUAUAGUCCAGAUUUUCAGGCCUUGAUGGAAAGCCACGAUAUGGUAGCCAAUAAAACCUUUGAGCCGGCGUUCAUGGAGAAUUUGGCGGAGUCGUUCGAGCAGGAAGUGUGUCCGUUCCCCGGACCGGAUUCCGUGGAGAGUGUGGUGUACGACGGAGCACUGAUGAAUAUCAACGGAACACCGACUAGCUCCAUGCCGGCCAGUACCCCCAUGUUCGAGAUCAGUGGCGAGGAUUCGGCGGUCAAGGUGGUGGGAAUACGGCGUGGUCGCAACUCUAACCUGCAAGGCAUGACGGUCCGUGUGGACGACAACCAGUUGGUCGUGGCCCGCAUUUUAGUUGGCAGCCCGGUAGAUAAACAAGGUCUCUUACACGUGGGUGACAUCAUCAAAGAAGUCAACGGGCAUCCGGUGCAGUCGUGCGAAGCCUUCCAGCAGGCCGUCCUGGCGCAGACCGACACGGUAAUCAUCCGCAUUAUCCCGGCCCUGCACUUACAUCCGGCCACGACAACGGCUUCCGGUCAAAUACAGCCUACCUACCUCAAGGCCUACUUUAACUACGAGCCAAGCAGUGAUCCGCUGCUGCCAGCCGCUGAAGCGCUGGGUUUACCAUUUGGCAAGGGAGAUAUAUUGGAGAUUUUGAAUGUGGACGAGGAAGCGUUUUGGCAGGCUCGCCAUCUGAACGAUACCGGCUCGGCCAAACUGAUCCCCUCACCGGCAAUGCAGGAGCAACGCAACGCCGCAUCCCGCGCCCAACCCCGGCAUUGCUGGCCGCGCCUGCGUAAUCCGUUUCGUAUGCUGCGCAAGCACCGCAUCCUGUACGGCGACCGGCCCAACUGGAUAGAGAUCGAUCGGCAUGAGCUGCUGCCGUACGAGGAAGUGAUGCGCCUCCCGGCAUUCCAGCGCAAGACGCUCGUGCUAAUUGGCCCAUUGGGUAACGCGCGCCGGCAGUUGUUGUCCAGAAUGCUCAAAACCUUUCCUGAUCGCUAUGGAUAUCCCAUUCCACGUACAUCGCGGCCGUCGCGACCAAACGAAAUCAACGGUCGGCAGUAUUAUUUCUGCACAGUGGAGGAGAUGAAGCGCGACAUUGGCGCCAAUCAGUACGCCGAAUUCGGCAUGUACAACGGGCAUUACUACGGUACCAAACUGGACUCCAUCCGACUGAUUAUCCUCAACGGAAAGACGUGCAUCCUGGAUUGUGGACCACAGUGCCUUAAACUCUUACGCAACAAAGAGUUUCUUCCCUAUGUCGUCUUCGUAACCCAUGCGGAUUUUGCUGAACCGGUCGGCCACCGGGAUGAUAUCGCCAAUGGCACACUGGCCAGAACGCCGCGCAGACAAAGCCGUAGCUUAACAAUCGAUAACCUAAAAUCCCAUGUCAAUUCACAGAACCAUGUAACGGAGAAUCUGGAUCUGGAGGAUGAAGCCAAGCUCCUGCUGGACACCUACGAACCGCUCGUGGAUUUGAUAUUAGACCAAGAAGAUUUGGAAAGUGCUUUUGAGCAGCUGCUGCGCGGAUUAACUGCCGCCGAGCUAGAAGAUCAAUGGGUCCCGGUGUCGUGGAUUUACUAGACAACCAAAUUAUUGUUAAUAGCGUAAUUAUUUGUAUGAAGAUUGUAACCGAUUACUGCUGAUGGCGUUAGUCUUCUAAUCGAUCUGUGCCAUGUACUCAAGAGCCGAGUGUACAACACGAUGAUACGAAACAAUAUAGAAUUAUUAUCCA